GUAAUGUAUGUGUAGGUAAUUAACACAUGUGUCUUUCUACCUGUCUCUCUGACCUGUAUAGCACGCUAAGUAAACCGGAAAUCAACACAGUAAAAAUGGCGACAACGUCUGUGAACUGGGACCACGUAUUUUGGAUAGACCGUGACUGUGCUAGCCAUUAUUUAGAUUAUUGGUGAUCGAUUUUCCUCUCUAUUUCAGGGACGAAGUGAUGUAGGCCUUACGAUCGUCUCACCAGUAACCAGUACUAGUGUAUACCUCGGAACUGUGAGUAGCUACAGGCGACCUACUGUUGAUGUUAGAGACAUAAGUAGGGAAAUCUUAAACUGACUGAAUGUACUGUAUAUUGGAUUGAACAGCAGUACUACAUAUAUAUAUAUAUCUACUAGAGAGUCGGCGAUGUACUAGCCAGAAGGCCCUGAACAUGUGCAUCAGAUCCUGAUUACUGUUGAUUGAUGGACCAGUCGUUUUGUCCAGCCGAUGAAUGAAUGGGCGUCCUGGAAUCAUCGGACCUUUGUCAGAUGUUGACCAAUGUCCAUAGUUCCCUCUUAGGAUUAUAUUAUACUGGUCAGCAAACUAUAAGUGUACUAUGGACGGUAUAGGGGUGGUCAGUGCGUUUUGUUUAUAAAUAAACUGCUCUCUUUACAUCGUGCUCUUUGCCAGAUAGACGUGUACAGUGGCUGUCUCUACACAUUUUCUCCUGUAUCACUAGAUAACACCGACCGAGGAAUUACAUGUCUGUUAGUGUUCGGUUUCAGGGUUUGAUAGCUUCACAUGGAUUUUACCAGGGAAACCCACACAUCCUAAAGACCAAGUCAUGUGGAGUCUAUAUUGUUUACUGCCCUUAUUAUUCGCAGUGGUAACCGGGGGCAGCGGUCCUGUCCUAGAUCAGAAUCCUAUUACAGUUAACAUUAUAGCGGGAUACACGGCCGUGCUGCCUUGUACAGUGAAAAACAAGGAUCCAAGAACUCGGGUGUUAUGGAUCGGACCGUCAGGAGUUCUUUUGACAAUGAACAAAGACACACGAACGACGGAUGAAAGGAUAAGUCUGCGUAGUCCGUACGAGGAUGACUGGAAUCUACGUAUUGAGCAAGUCAAAUACAGUGACCGCGGGGACUACAAGUGUAAACUGGCCACCAGCCCGGCACAGGUCAAGGUGGCAACGCUCAACGUUUUACUGUCUCCGAAGAUACUGACAGAGUAUUCCAGUAGGGACAUGGUUGUACGGGAAGGAUCAGACCUGGAAUUAGUAUGUAAUGCUACCGGUGUACCGCACCCAGAGAUCACGUGGUACCGAAAACAAAAGGACACCCCAAAUGCUAAAACAAAUCUAGGAACCGGAAAUAACGACCGCCUAUUAGUUACAAACGUUACACGUGACCAAGCCGGAACGUACGAGUGUGUCGCCCGUAACGAUGUGGAACCAGCGGAUACCAUUGCUAUCAAAGUUGAUGUUCAAUUUGCCCCAGAAAUUGAUAUCGGGGUCGACACUCUAAGUCAGAAAGUUGGCAAAAGCACUGCCCUAGAAUGUGUUAUCACUGGCUUCCCUAUGGAGGUCGCGGUCUGGAGGUACAAUGGUAUUGAUAUCGAGGAGAGAACUUGGAAAUACGAGCCGAUCGUGUUUCAGAGGGAUGAAAACACUAUACUCUUAAGUCUGGAGAUACGGGACUUGAACCCCAAUGACUUUGGUGUUUACACAUGUUAUGCUAGUAACGUCCUAGGAUCAGCCAACAGGACUAUAUUUUUAAAAGAAAUCCGGAUCACUACGCCAUUGCCGUUGAAACCUAAACCGACAACGACGUUUACUGAUUUCACCAGUACCACUACAGGGGCGACAACUCGCAGUUCGUCAUCGGUCCUGAUCAGUACAACUACCAAUAGUAGAGCUGUGAUAUCGGAUAAAAAUCCGCCCGACGGACCUACAUACACCUUAAACCCACCGGGCACAGAAGGGCAAAGUAAUAGUUGUGCGACAUUCCGAUACGAGAGUUGGACGUUUCUGCUUCUUUGGAUACCGUAUAUCUGUUUUAUAUGAAGACUGAGGUAACCAAGGAAUUCCUCAGCCCUUCGAUACGUCAUCCUACCGUGAACGUAGAUUGGAUCAGUAUCGCCAAUGGUAAUUCCCAGUGUCUCGGAUUAUAUCGCCAAGUUCCCGCCAUGGCCCCCUCGUUGUAUGGAUCUAUUCCCGAUUCAACGAUGUGGAACGAUGAAACAUGUGUGGAGAUUUUACUUGUGGCUGGCUUCCAGUUGUUUUCAGUCAGCAAUAAACUAGAUAUCGUCAUUAUAUGAGUCAAUAUUACAUGUUUUAAAUGUGUUGUGAAUAGACACAGACUCGUAAGUAGUGUUUUGAUGAAAUGGCACUACCGCGUUGUGGGUAUCUGAUAUGACAGUUGCAUCAGCUGCUAGAAACCUGGUUAUGUAUGAAGUGAUAAUAUCACUAGCUAAAGAUUUUACAACUGGAAGUUUCCCGUAACAGGGUACUGUGAACUAGUCAGUCAUAUUUAUUUACUACAUUACCACAUGGUACUCGACGUAUCACGAGAUUAGAUUGUCACAGUAGAUAUUAAUGUACCUUCUACUGCCAUACCGGUAUACUACCAUACAAAACAGGUGUACCGCACCAUAUUCCCACACAAAUCACAUGUAACACACCAUAUUCCCGCACAAAUCACGUGUAUCACACCAUAUUCCCACAUAAAUCACGUGUAAUACACCAUAUGCCCACAUAAAUCACGUGUAACACACCAUAUUCACACAUAAACCACGUGUAACACACAAUAUUCCCACAUACAUCACGUGUUACACAUCGUAUUCCCACAUAAAUCACGUGUAACACACCAUAUUCCCACAUAAAUCACGUGUAACACACCAUAUUCCCACACAAAUAUCGUGUUUCACACCAUAUUCCUACAUAAAUCACGUGUAACACACCAUAUUCCACACAAACCACGUGCAACACACCAUAUUCCCACAUAAAUCACGUGUAACACACCAUAUUCCCACAUAAAUCACGUCUAACACACCAUAUUCUCACAAAAAUCACGUGCAACACACCAUAUUCCCACACAACCUCAUAAUACAUUUCCUGGUUGUGUUGACUCUACAAUAAGUGACUGUCGUCGUUACCAGCCGUAGAUACUGGUAUUGAACACAUCAUUAAGAAAUCCUUGUAUGUUGUAAUAUAGUCAUAUGUUCAUUAAAUCAAAAUCAGUCGUUGUUGUGCAUGCAUAAUAUUUGUAAUCGGCAGAAAAGCGGAAAACAAAAAAUAGUACAUUAUAGAAAAAUACAUGUUUUAAUAAUAAUCUGAUAAUGUAUAGAUGGAUGUCUCGGAGUUUGAAAGCAAUUUUGGACGUUUAAGUCGGUUGUCACUGCAAUAUGUAUGUACUAUUAAUAAUGUAACGCACGUAUUAUGUUUUAGUUGUGUUAGUCUUGCCAUAGUUUCGCUUAAUUUAUAUCUGCUACAAUAGUAUCAUCUGGUGGAUUGACAAAUUAUAUCUGGUUGUUAGGAAGAUGAACGAGUCGAUUAAGAGAGAGAGAUACGUUUACAAUAUGACGGCGUUUUCAAUUUCAACAUUAUAUAAAGAGUAGGAUAAUCACAUCGGGUGUAAUUUAUAACUCGAGAUAUAUACUGUAUACAUAUGAUCUGACUACGUGUUCGUUAAAUUGUUUUUAACGAAUACUUUAACACUAACCUGGUUCAGUCACUAACGACUACUGUCUGUCUUCCAGUUGUUGACACAAUCAGCCGGUGAUCAAACAUAUCGCUGUACAUGUAUAUAUAAAUAUAAAUAUUAGGUCUCAAUUCUCUACAAACGCUUCGUAUUUCUAACUUAUUCCUUUUAAACAGAUUCGUAUCUAUAUUUAAGAAAAUUUGGAGCUCAUGGAACGAAAGACAAAAAACACACGGUAUCUAUAAUUAUCAUAGGAUUUGAUUGACAUAUAUGUUAUAUAGAACAUGAAUAUAUCCAAAUUUGAUUUUAAUUGUUAUUUGUGUCUCUGUAUUCCAGAGCUGUAACUUAUAACGGGAAAUGGGAUCUGAUCUGUUUAUAUAUUGUAUACGCUUGUUAUCAUACAUACAUGUCACCUCAUCAGUAUUGCUCCAUUACAGCACCUAGUGCUACGUUGUAUAUUGUGCCAAAUCAUUUCUGUGUGUGUGUGUGUGUGCUUUUUCUACUGUUUGUAUGGCAACUGUCACAGCCUGUAGAUAUCAUUGUUAAUUGAUUUUGAUUUUUGUCAUCAUUGCACAUUUUUAUUUCGUCGCAACUUUUUAUUUAAAUAAAUGAAAGAAAAAAAUA